AUGCCUACCAUCCCCCAACUCACCUGGAAACAGCACCAUCCAGUGUGGGUUGAUCAGUGGCCCCUAUCUGAAACUAAACUGCGUGCACUAGAAGCCCUCGUGGGGGAGCAGCUUGCCAAGGGCCACAUCACAGAAUCCAACAGCCCUUGGAAUUCCCCCAUCUUUGUUUUAUGCAAACCAGGCAAAGACAGGUGGAUACUCCUCCAUGACCUCUGGAAAAUCAAUGAGGUCAUUGAGGAUAUGGGCCCCCUCCAGCCUGGUAUGCCCUCACCUUCCAUGCUUCCUCGGGACUGGAAGCUUGCAAUCAUAGACAUCAAAGAUUGCUUUUUUAACAUCCCUCUCCAUCCCCAAGAUGCCCCCAAGUUUGCAUUUUCAGUUCCCACCCCAAACAGACAGGCGCCUCUAAAAAGGUACCAUUGGCUUGUUCUCCCGCAAGGGAUGAAAAAUUCUCCUGCCAUCUGCCAAUGGUACAUAGCCCACAUCCUAUCCCCAGUGACAGUCCUGUUCCCGAAUGCAGUAAUUAUACAUUACACAGAUGAUAUUCUGGUUUGUGCCGCUGAUGAAGACUACCUAAAACAGACCUUGCACAAAACUAUUAAGACAAUUGAGGAUGCUGGGUUUGAGAUCCACGAAGACAAGAUCCAGUACACCUGCCCUUAG